UGGCUGAUUGGACAAUGUUUAUCAAAUGAUUACCUGCUGGAUGCGUACCCGGAUGCUUGAAAAUAUCUCAGGGAAGCGGAAAGGACAGCGAUGGCUUGCUAUUAUCGCCAGCACGAGGACACGACGGUGACGGUUCCGAAAUUCACCAAUGAAAACUCCAGCGGCGGGGUGACCUACUACGACAUAAAGUUACGGGUGGGAAAGGUGGAGUGGCUGGUGGAGCGGCGCUACAGAGAUUUUGCCCAGCUCCACGAGAAGCUGGUGGGCGAGAUAUCUAUCAGCAAGAAGCUGCUGCCGCCGAAGAAGCUUGUCGGAAAUAGACAGCCCGCUUUUCUGGAACAGCGGAGGGAACAGCUGGAAACAUAUCUCCAGGAGCUGCUCAUCUACUUCCGCACGGAACUUCCCCGGGCUCUGGCCGAGUUCCUGGAUUUUAACAAGUACGACAUCAUUUACCUGCUGCAAGACCUAGCUAAACUCUUCAACGAGAGUGGAGAUGCACUGCUCAGCUCCAAGAAGGAGUACAACCUUUCAGCCCUGGAGGUCUUUGCUAUAAGUGAGCGGCUAAGUCUUCCUUGUCCGCCGAGUCUGGAUCGUGGUGGCAAAUUUGACUUCUCGCACGUCCUGGACUUUUGCACACAGCUUGUGGCUUUGGUGGUGACUCCGGUAAAGGACAACGCCAGCUAUGCCCAGGACUACAAUACCGUGGAUGUGCCCAUCGGACGAAGCAAUAUCAUUCCAAAUAGACUAAACUUUAAUCUAAAUGCCUUUCGCAAUCUCAAGACGCUAAAGUUCUCGGCCUUGUCCACGGAAAACAUUGUGGAUAUCGAGCUUCUCAAGCCAACUCUCCAGACAAUCUGUGUCCAUAACACAACCAUACAGAGUAUAAACCAAGUGCUGCUCUGCGACAAUCUCCACAAGAACUGUGAUGUGCCAAGCCUUUUGCCAGAGGCAAUCAUUGCAUCCUCCUCCGGUUCCGGUUCCUCCACUUCGAAUGGUAGUGUCUUGGUCAGUGCGGAUGCCUGGCAAGAAAUUACCGAACUGGAUCUGACAGGCAAUCUGCUAACCCAAAUCGAUAGCAGUGUAAGAACAGCUCCGAAACUAAAGCGCCUGAUCCUCGAGCAAAAUCGAAUACGGACCGUCCAAAAUUUAGCCGAGCUUCCCCAUCUUCAGCUGCUUUCGUUGUCAGGAAAUCUCAUAGCAGAGUGCGUGGACUGGCACCUGACGAUGGGAAAUCUUGUCACUUUAAAGCUGGCGCAGAAUAAAAUCAAGACUCUGAGUGGCCUGCGGAAGUUGCUUUCACUGGUAAACCUGGAUCUGAGCUCCAAUCAGAUCGAAGAGCUCGACGAAGUCGAUUUUGUCGCAAAUCUUCCACUGCUAGAAACUCUUCGGCUAACUGGCAAUCCCCUGGCGAGCAGUGUGGACUAUCGAGCCCGUGUCUUGGCCAGAUUCCACGAACGUGCUGCUGAAAUAUCUCUAGACAAUGAACCUGGAAAUCAACAAGAGUUGGAUACCGCUCUGGUUUUGUCUGCUCUACUGCAAUCUAAGCAACGACAACAACAGAAAUUAUAAUUCUUGGGGUUCUUGAUUCCAUAACUUCAAAAAUCUUUCCAAGGAAGUUUAUACCAUUUUGUUUCAAAAGUAUUAAUGGUUGACUUUUUCUUGCGAUACCCCUAAACAAAUAUUCUUAUGUAAAGGUUGUGGACUUUUAACAAUUUCAAGAUUUCGUACAAUGAUGUUUCCUUGUUUAGUCGUAAUUUUAAUUUAUUUUCACGUGUUUUGUAUAUUCCCACACGUUUUUAGCAAAACUUUAAAUAUGUUUAUUCUUUUUUGUCCACCCGACGUGCAAUAAAUCAAUGCUCACCUCCAAAUAAAUAAUUAAGAAAAUAAAAUUAAUUAUCCCCAUAA